AGUCCUAAACCUCAAAUUUUAUAACUUUACUCAAGCUCCUACUACAAUAGGGUAAAAUAACACAAAAUUCAUUACUACUAUUUUGGUGGCUAGCUAACAUAGAUGAACUUUGUUCAAUGGCCACCAAACAAUUAGCUUAUGAUCAAUCAUUCAACAAUUCUAGAGAUUCAUAUGAUGUGUUUUUGAGUUUCAAAAGUGAAGACACUGGUAAAAAUUUCAGUGAUCACCUCUCCACAGCUUUAAAACAAGCCGGAUUUCGCACGUUCAAAGGUGGUGAUGAUGAAGCCAGAGGUGAAGAAGAUAUUAAUUCAGAGUUUCCUAAAGCAAUACAAGAAUCAAAGAUGUCUAGCAUUGUAUUCUCACAAAAUUAUGCAUGAAAAGGAGGCUCGACCUACAGAGAGAGUGGUGGGCAGGGAUUGUCUAUAGUGACACUGUUGUAGACCAAUUGAAAGGGAUGUAGCGCAGUUUAGUAGCGCCAUUGUUUUGGGUAAAAAACGUCACGGGUUUAAAUCCUGUCAUCCCUACCUAUUCUUCUCUUCUGGGCAGUAACGAUCAACUUGUUGCAAUUCUUGAACAUAAAAUGAAGUUUGCAUGUACAAUAUUACCUAUAUUCUUCCAUGUUGAUCCUUCCAAUCUAAGGAAGCACAAGGGAAGUUUUGGAGAAGCAUUAGAUAAACAUGAAGAAAAAUUCAAGUGUGAAAUACAUGAAAAUAAUGAAAAAGAAUGGGAGGCCAAGUUAGAGAAAUGGAAGGAUGCACUUAGCCAAGCUGCUGAUUUGGCAGGAAUAGUCCUUCAAAAUCGGCAUGAGUCCACUUUCAUCAAGAAGAUUAUUAAUGUUAUCAGCACAAGACUAAGUCAUCCAGCCUUAUAUUUCUUCUUGUACAACCGGAAUACAUCGUCGAGCCAGACCCAUAAAUUCCUGGGUUCAAGAUGGAUCUAAUAAUAAUAUUGGAAUAC